AUGGACAAUGCAAUUGCCGGUUUUUGUAGUGUUACUGGUACAGAUGCAGAAACAGCACGGAAGUACCUAGAAAUAUCGGAAGGAAAUAUUGACCAAGCUAUUUCUCUGUAUUUUGACAAUGCCAAUAUAUUUUCUGAUCAUGCAGCAUCUGCUCAAGACAAUGAUUCCCCUUCUAGUAUAGAAUUUGAUGAAGAUGAGAAUUCAAUGGAAAUGGAGGAGAUGGGUCGAUCGAACAGAAUAUAUGAGAAUCAGGAAAUAUAUAUUCCCAAGGGAUCUGACAUUCAAAAGUACUCAGUCAGUAUAUUUGAUAAUGCGGAGAGUGAUAGUAGUGGUUAUUGCGCGCACUUCAUGUAGAUCUGGCAGCGACCUAUCGUUUACCUGAGGAAUUGCGCGGUCCUUAUCUUUUGGAAUCCGCAAGAGAGCAGGCCAUCUACCGUGAACCGAAAAAGUGGAUUUUCCUCUGUUUAUUCGUUUGACAUAUAUCUGUCAUUCAUCCCCAGGAAAAGGGAGAUUUCGAGUCUGGUACGAUCAAUCGCGACUUGUUCCGCAACCCACUCAUUUACGAGAUCAUGAAGGAGAACUUCAUCAUCGUCCAACAUUUCGUCGAUCCCCACACACACACCUUCAGUGAAGGCGAGCGUCUCCACCAGCUCUACAAAUUCGGUGCUCUCCCCUACCUC